AUGGCACGCAAGAUAACUGGUUGGCAGGCCCUUGCCAGUGAGGUACCAGGUCGAGACAACAAAGCCUAUAUGGUGCACAGAUGGCUUCACUGUCUUUCCCCAGCAGUCAAGAAAUUGCCUUGGACUGCAGACAAAGAUUAUCUUCUCCUUUCUUUCCUCAGUGCUCAUGGCCCUAAAUGGUCAUUCAUUGCAAGGCAAAUUGAAGGUAGGACAGAUGAUGCAUGUUUGAAACAGUAUAGUGAAGCACUUCAUCCUACCUUGAAGAAAAAUGAAUGGACCUCCAAUGAGGAAGCCAAACUUUUACAGGUAUACAGCAUAAUUGGUGGCAAAUGGAAGGAAAUAGGAUCUCAGCUUCAGCGGAGUAGCCUGGCGUGCCGUAAUAGGUACUUUUGCAGUUGA